AUGGCCGAUCUCUGUGACUGGCGCGAGAAGAAGCCAAUGGGAAGCCACAUCGGGGAAAGAGGAGAGCCCCUAAAAAGGGGAGGAGGAGGGGCCGGGUGGGGAGAGGUGGGCCUGAAAAAGGAGAUCGGGCUGCUCAGCGCCUGCGGCAUCAUCGUGGGGAACAUCAUCGGCUCGGGGAUCUUCGUGGCCCCCAAGGGGGUGCUGGCGCACUCGGGGGCGGUGGGGCCGUCCCUGCUGGUCUGGGGGGUGACGGGGGCCGUGACGGCCGUGGGGGCUCUUUGUUACGCCGAGCUGGGCGUGGCCAUCCCCAGGGCGGGCGGGGACUACGCCUACGUCUGCCACGUCUUCGGGGGGCUCCUGGGGUUUCUGCGCCUGUGGAUCUCGGUGCUGGUGAUUUACCCCACCAACCAGGCCGUCAUCGCCCUCACCUUCGCCAACUACGUCCUGCAGCCCCUCUACCCCUCCUGCCACACCCCCGAGGCCGCCCAGAGGCUCCUGGCUGCUGCCUGCCUGCUGCUGCUGACGUGGGUGAACUGCCCCAGUGUCCCUUUUACCCCCCUUUGCCCUUCAUUUCCCCCUUUUU